GUGCACUUUUCUGCCUCCUCCAGUCGCCGACUGCCCAUCUCUAAUCGCUCUCUCGUCGCCGUUCAAAAGGCUAUCUAUCCUCUGGCGCCCCUCUCGCCAUCUUUCUUACCCCCGACCUACGGAUAGAAUCAAAAAUGGCCGCCGCAACCUCAAUGGCGGCAGCCCUCGCUGCAAGCCUGCCCGCACCUUCGUCUGCACCUACCCCUGCAGCCCCAACAUAUGAAGCCAUCCCGGCAUCCAUGUCUAAAGUGAUCGAUCUUGAGGGGGAGAUUCCGUUGCAACGUGUUCAGCUGGAUGGCCUGGUUGUGUCGAAGAUCAUCAAGCACUCACGAGAUGUGCAAGGCUCCAGCGCACAUGGGCUCGUACUCGGGCUCGAUCUCGACGGCACAUUAGAAGUGUCGAACUCUUUCCCCAUGCCAAAUCACUCGCCUGAUGACGAUGAUAAAUCGGCGAAGGGCAUUGCUAGGUAUCAGGCCUCGAUGCUGCGGUCCUUGAAAGACGUUCAGGCAGAUGACAGCAUAGUUGGCUUCUACCAGGCCAUGACGCUGGGUUCUUUCCUCAACCAGACGCUUGUCGAGACGCAAGCCAUUCACCAAGAGAGGCUCCGACACGGAGGCGUCGUGAUCGUACAUGACAUGUCACAGACCGCACGGGGAAACGCGUCGUUCCGGGCGUUUCGCCUGACGAGAGCGUUCUUUGACGCAUUGAAGAGGAAUAACUUCAGCACCUCGAGCCUGAUUGACCACCGGCUGACGUUCUCGUCCAUUCUGGAGGAACUUCCUGUCAAAAUUCGCACGAACGCGCUCAUGGGCUCGUUCCUAGAGACGUUGACCGAGCCGUCGGCGCCCUCUGUCGCCGGCGCGCACCCGUCAACCGCAAGUUCAUACGCGGCCCUGCCGCCGUCGUUCUCGACGCUGAACCUUGGGACUGCGAGCGUGUCGCGGAACCUGGAGCACAUCAUCGAAGCCGUGGACCAGUACAAGACGGAGGAAGGGAACCUCGCCUAUCUGCACCGCCAAAUUGCGCGCGAGAGACAGAAGGCAGAUGCAUACGUCAACAAGCGCAAGGAGGAGAACGCAGGCCGUGUCGCGCAGGGCCUGGCGCCGCUGCCCGAGGAGGACGUGAGCAGGCUGUUCAAGAUACCGCCGGAGCCGAGCCGGCUGGAGAGCAUGCUGCUUCUGGGGCGGAUCGACGCGUACUCGAAGGCCCUGGCGGAGACAUCGAGCACGGGUCUGGUGAAGAUGUACGCGGCAAAGACGAAUUCGGGAGUGUGAUAUGUACGAGGCUGUUCAAUAGACGGGGAGGAUCGCCGCCGCCGGUGUCUGGUGUGGCAUGUGUGAUGCCCGAGUCUCAGCGCGGCAGCUUGCAUGCGGGCAUGUGCGGCGGACUGCGAGUGCCGUGCGGGCGCAGAGGGCGAGGAAGGCGGUGUGCCUGCUGUGCACCCCCGUUGCAAGCGAGCAGCGUGCGUGACGGAGUGUGAGCCAAGCUGCCGAGCGCGCGGCGGCGAAAAAAUGUGGCGUGGGAGCGCCCGCGGGGAAUAUAACGUACGGGGGCGCGUGGCAGUCGCCUUG